UUGUUGGGAACCACUGGAUCAACCUAGUGGUCAACCGAUCGCUACCACCACCAACACUGCUAUGCUCACUGGUAGCAGCUUGACUGCUACCCGUAGAUGCGCGAAAGCAUAAUGUAAAUAACAACAGAUCAGCCAUAGUAGUUAGUCCGCGCGCUUCCCGCAAAUGCAUGUACGUUUUUAGUUCGUUCUUUUAAUAAAGUUUUAUUUAUGUUAUUAAUGUACGUUCGCGUUUGAUUCAUGUGCAAUGAUGCACUCGAUCACCCCGCCGGCGCGUACGUAACAGUGGCGACGAGAAACCCGUGCGUGCAGUGAGGAAUCGCGACGCGUUCAUUUUCCGCGGAGGAGAAGAUGGACGGUACAAUGUACUUCGUGUGCAGUGAUCAAGCCCAGCUCCAGCAUCCAGUGUCAUUGGCUGGACAAGAUCUGCAUCAGUAUCAAGCGGAUCAGUGGCUGCACUCACCGGUUCUGGAAUCAACACACCGGAACCAACACACUCAAUCAUUAUCACUAUCUUCGUCAUCAUUUCAACCCGCGGAAAUUCAUCCUCAGCAGCACCACCAUCACUAUCAACCGGCGGCUGGAUUCAAUGGGCCAUUCACCAGUUCGCCAUUGUUCAACCGUACGCUCACAUUUUUGCAAAAUAUCAAUAUUUUUCGGUAUUUGAAGGUGGUUUAUAAACCCAGUGAGGUUGCCAUGUCGAAAUUAUUGCAAAAUACAUGCUCAUGUGAGCGUACGAGCAAUUUUUUAAAAAAAUGUGUGUUUCCAACACAGUCAUGUGCGGCAUGGAUGUUUACUAAAAAUGUGCAGGCCGAACACAUUUUUGAGCGUAGCCGUUUUUGCGUGCAGCCAGUGGUACAGCAAACACCACCGCAAUCUUCGGCUGUCUGCUUCCCGCUUGAUCGAGAGCAGUUCAUCGAUCAACAGUUGUAACGUUUUC